AAGAACUAUGGCUGAGGAACAUCAAUGUUUUGUCAGACUGCUUGUGACUCUGUUGUAUCUGCUAACAGGUGUCAGUGGAGACACUCGUUUUCUGUUCACCAGAGUGGGAGAUAAUGUAAGUCUGUCAUGUACCAAUGUGGUUUAUCAAAACUGCUCCUCAACUCAUUGGAUCUAUUACAGAACUAGAUCAGAGACUAAUGAAGAGGUUGGACAUGGGAAGAUUAAAACUAACUCAAAGAGAGCAGACAGACUGAAAGUGGGGUCUGACUGUUCUCUAAAUGUUAGUGAUGUCAGAGGUGAGGAUGCUGGAAUCUACACCUGUCGACAAUUCCUUAGUAAUGGGCCACAACAUGGAGGGGAUGCUUCUGUUCAUCUGUCUGUUCUAAACAACUCCUUGUCAACACCAGUGACAGAUAUAAAGCCUGAUAGACCAGUAACAUUAAGGUGCUUUCUGUACACAUCUGAUGGACCUGGAAAAUGUCGCCAAGGUAUAACAGAACAUGUUAGUCUCCUCUGGGUGGAUGAGGCAGGUAAUAAGCUGAAGAAAGACUCCAGACACCAGGUCACACAAACAUCUGACUGUGACAUCACUCUGAAUGUGACCCUCCAGAAGGAGGACAACAACAGGAAGUGGACAUGUCAGCUGAUUAUUGAUGAAAAGAAGGAGAUCUCCAUUGAUUUAAACUUCAUGGUCCCAGGAAGUACAGCUUCUACUCCAGGACCAUCCUUGUCAGACACUUCCCCAUCUUCUACAGGUACCGAUUAUACUGAGUUGCCCAUCAGUCGCAUCAUGCUAUUUGGGGCACUGACCAUCAUGGCUUCCAUAAUAACUAUUUACACAAUGAGGACCUGCCCACCCAAGCCUCUGAGAACACAAACAGAAGUCUCUGGUUUUGAUCAUCAGGUCCUGGAGGAAUGACCCUUGUUUUUCACUACUCUUCCUGUUCUGGACCAAGACAUUCAAUUGUCUAUACUGUAGCUUUAAAGUUUAAAUAAGACAGGAACAGAAAUGUAUACAGUGUUGGUUAUAGCACAGAGUUUUCUGUAGUACAGUACUGUUAACUUCUUAGAAAGCUUAUAAUGUGUUUUUACAUGCAGUUAAGCUGUUUGUGAGACAGAUGAGUAUUUAUUUUAUU